AUGAACCGCCCAGUGCAGGAAGCCAUCGAUGACGAUGCAUAUAGGCCGCCGUAUCUUCAUGCUAUGUUAGCUGGCGGCUUGGGAGGCACCACAGGUGACAUGUUAAUGCACAGUCUCGACACGGUCAAGACGAGGCAGCAGGGUGACCCGCACAUGCCGCCGAAAUAUACCAGUAUGGGAAACACUUACUGGACGAUAUUGAGGCAAGAGGGUGUUGGUCGCGGCUUGUACGGCGGUGUCACGCCGGCCUUUCUGGGCAGCUUUGGCGGGACGGUCAUCUUCUUCGGGUGCUACGAAUGGAGCAAGCGCUUCAUGAUUGAUCACGGAGUCACGCCGUCUGUAGCCUACCUGACAUCGGGCUUCUUCGCGGACUUGGCAGCAAGUCCGCUUUACGUCCCAACCGAGGUGUUGAAGACGAGGCUGCAGCUACAAGGGCGCUACAAUAAUCCUUUCUUCAGCAGCGGGUACAACUACCGGUCGUCACUGAACGCACUGCGAACCAUUUACCGAACAGAAGGUGUCGGCGAGCUGUUCUCCGGUUACAAGGCCACACUUUUCCGUGACCUGCCAUUCUCCGCUCUACAAUUUGCCUUCUACGAGCAGGAGCAGAAGCUGGCCAAGCAGUGGGUAGGUCCUGGCAAGGACAUUGGACUCACGCUGGAAAUUCUGACUGGUGCAAGCGCUGGUGGUAUGGCAGGCGUGCUAACGUGUCCUAUGGAUGUCGUUAAGACAAGAAUACAGACUGAGCUUGAUCCCGAAGUUGCGGCGAAGGCAAGACAGGUCAAGAAGGCGAAGACGAGCGCACCGACACCGAACGUGCCUGCCGCACGGGUGGACCCGCACCAGCCAACGCAUAGGCCCUCUCCUGCUUCCACUUCGCCCGUCGUACAGACUGCAAGGCAGCAGACGCAUCCAAUCUCAACUUCCGGACCAAGUACCGCACUCAAGCACCACGGUCAAGUCGCGCUUGACACCGAGUCAGUAGUGAAGGCUCUACGCAUCAUCUACCGAACCGAGGGUUUUGCAGGGUGGUUCAGAGGUGUGGGCCCUCGAGCCGUCUGGACCAGCGUCCAGAGUGGCACGAUGCUGCUCGUCUAUCAAAAGCUGAUAAAGUGGUUCGAUGCACAUCCACUUUCACGUGACUUAGAUGAUGAAGGCUUGAGAGGAGCGAGCUUAAGCUCUUAG